AUCAUAACAUGUUUUAAAAAGUACAAUCUUUUAUUUGCUCAGUCGAUUCGCCCGACAAAACUGGUGUCAAAAAUCUUUUUAGCUUCUGAAAUCGCUUCUUCACUGAGAAACGAAUUUUCAAAAAAAAGUACUAUAUUUCGUAUUUAAAACGCUUUGACCUCAUAUUUUAUUGAAAGUUCUAAAACUAGAUUUCAUUUAAAAAUUUAUCAAAAUCUUUCAGGUCCCCAAAAUAGAAGUUUUGAAGUCAAAAAAAUUCCAUUAUAAAUGUUUUGAAUUUUUGUAAAAAGUGAAAUUUUGGGCAUUUAACAAAACGUCUCGAUUACUCUACCUGAUCGUGUAGCCAUGACAAUUCUGUACAAAAGUGACAUAAAAGAUUGGAAGAAAACGUUUGUAAGGGGGCCCGCUUGGUCAUGUAAAAAUUAUUUAACCCUAGAGAUAAACUGUUAUACUUUUUAGGUCUUGCCCAUUGUCAAAUUAUUCCGUUAAUCAUGAAAGAGAAAUACAAGCCCGAUGGAUGGUUGGGUUUCAUUGUUAGUGGACGACUCUACAUUGAUUUUCCAAAGAUGACCUUCGAUAAUGCCUAUGAAAGAUUGAAAUCAGAAAUUCUGCAACAUCGAAGUAGGAGCAUAAACGGACCGCCAAACAAACAAGAUCGCAUCGAAGGCCGUAAUUUUCCGCCUGAAAACAAAACAGAACAACAGCAAAAAUCGCAAUAUCAUGACGCACCAACAACAAAGAGUGACGUGAAAUUUUGUGAUUCUCAUUGCAGCAGUCAGAAUUUAGUAGCAGUCGAACAACCUGCCAUUUUAUCAAGAUCGAAAUCGGACUAUACUUAUUCGAAGAUUUAUAUUGAAUUGUGGACAGAAGAAAAUGUUCAAGAAUUUCUUUGUGAUACAAAAUUGGAUGUUAUGCUGCCGUUAUGUCAAGAUAUGGAUGGACAAACAUUGUAUAAAUUGUACAAGAUGUGUCUGACAAAUACGGAUUCAAUGUAUCAGUCGUUGAAAUCUGAGUUAUUAGAAUUACACAAGAAAACCUUACCAAUAAGCGGUUACCUUCGCUUCAUUAAAGAACUAAAAAAAUAUGCACCUAUUGCUACAAUCAGUGAGACCAAUCUAUCCAUUAUAUGUUCACUUAUGUGA